AACGAGGAAAUGAAAACCAAAUUAAAGCUUUUGUUUUCGAUUUACGGAACCAAACUACAGAUGUGUUACAGUUCUACCUGCUAGUUUUUACAGACACGAUGAGUGACUUCCCUGUUAACCCGCUGGUUGUGAUCGGUAUCGGGUCCAGCUUUGCCUUCUCUGGCCUGUUUUAUCAUUUAUACCAGGAAAAGAAGAAAGAGUUGCAGAAGCUGAAGGAAAUACCCUUUUUCAAACCAGACCAACAUCUGGUCCAAGUACUGAAAGCAUCUCCCCACAAGCGCCUUCAGUAUGUUGCUGUAGAAGGCCUGGUUCUGGCAGAAGGGGAGCCUCUGGCCAGCCAGUAUGUCCCACGAUGCUUUGGUGUGAUUCAGAAGACAGCUGUGCAGGAACACUGGAAAUACUGGAACACUCUCACCAGGACAUGGAAUUCUCGGGCGAUGAAUAGGAAAGAGACCAGCAACUGUGUGCCCUUCAGCCUGGUCAGCCCUGGAGCCUACAUCAAUGACUUGUAUGUGAAGGUGCAGAACCCUCUGGAGGCCUCUGGGGGCUACCUGGAGAGGGUUUACCACAAAUUAAAACAUGCAGAGGAGGGCUUCGUGAACAUAGUGUUGCAGGGCCUCAGUGGGGAGAAACCUGUGGCAAUGGAGGAGAGCGAGGAGCUUCUGCGGGUGGGGAGCAUCCUGACUGGGUUUGGGGAGGUGGUGCUAGAGGGAGGCCAGGUGAUGAGGCUGCAAGCCCCACAGGAUGGCCGCAAGUACAUCCUGGUGCCCAGUGACUACAAGAGCUUUAUGGACAGACACGAGAGUUCAGCCAGCAUGUGGAAGACACUGACUGUUGUUACUGGCCUCACAGGAGCCUCUGUUCUAGCCGGGGUUAUUUAUAAUUUAGUUGCAAAACAGGAUGACAGAUCAAAGUAGGCUUUGCAGUUCCCAAAACUGCCUCAGGUGUUUUGUCAACUCAGCUUUACAGGUUCCACAGCACAGUCCUGAAGUUUAGAUAAUUCAGUUGCACAUUUAGGAUUAUUUCACCACUGCCAGGUAUUUCCUUGUCAUAUCAUAACUACAGUGAAUGUGAGGGGUAAAACACAACAACUUUGGCUUUGUAACACAUUUGUGAAAUAAAAAAACGUAUGAGCAUAAGAACAAAACUGAAAGCAUGACAUUUUGCAAAAUAGAAAAAAGCAGUGUAGUCUGACAAAGACUACAAGACAGGCCUAAAGCAGUCGACAUUAUUUCUUUAGUCACUGUGUCACAAAGGUUACAGAUGGAACAACUCAGAAGAGUGUGCAUUAAAUGCAGAGUAUUUUACCUCCUGUGAUUUAUUAACUUAUAAGUCAAAACUUCACAGCUACUUUAUCAAGGGAAAAUUUUAUUUUUGUAAUGACAGUAUAUUUUUUAAUAAUCUUACAUUAAAGCAAAAUUCUGUUUGAGUUACAUCAUGUCAAAAAUCUAAUCAAGCUUUUGAUAUUCUUUUGCUCUUACUUUACUUUAAGGCAUUUACUGUAAAUGUGAUCAGAGAAAUAAUUAACAGUCCAGGAUGCCAGUCAGUUUGUCCAGACAGGAUGGGAUGGCGUGAAAUUGAAAUUUACUGUGAUUAUGAACAUAUCAAUUUAGUUGCUAAUCUUCUACCUCUGAAAUCAUGUUUUUCCUGUAUUGUUUUAUGGCCUGUCAUUAGUGUUUAGUUUAUAAAUUAAAAAACUGAGCUAAACACUACAUAUAAUAAUAAUAAUAAAAAU